UGGAUCUGUCUUGAACGUAAAUGGGGAAGUUGAAAUGGAUGCCAGCAUCAUGAACGGAAAAGACCUGUCUGCAGGAGCCGUGUCUGCAGUCCGCUGUGUAGCAAAUCCCAUUAAACUUGCGCGGCUUGUUAUGGAAAAGACACCUCACUGCUUUCUGACUGACCAAGGUGCAGCAAAAUUUGCAGCAGCCAUGGGGGUUCCAGAGGUUCCUGGAAAGCAGUUGGUAACAGAGAGAAACAUAAAGCGCCUUGAAAAGGAGAAGCAUGAGAAAGAUGCUCAGAAAUUAGACUGUCAAAAGUAAGUGUCAUCUGCGGCUCCUGUGUUUGGGAUUUAUUCAAGUGUGA